AUCAUAUCAUUGUGCGAGUUAAAGUUCAUUAUAACUUUUCGAUCAAUAAAAACACUCUCUAAUCAUCGAUUUCAGCCUUCCAAUUCCCAUUGGCGUUUUCUCUCACUGUCGCCGUCGGUUUUUUCGUCACUUCCGAUCACCAUUGUCGUUCUCUCUCACACAUCGUCGUCGUUUACUCUGCAAUCGCUUUGGCUGUUGUAAUUGAACUGAAGGAGGCAAGGCCCUCUGCCCAACUGCCUUGUCUACAUCGCCGGCGCUGUUCAGCGUCGUCGGUGAGCUUUCCAAUCAAAACUCGAGAUUUAGUCCUUGUCUAUUCUUUUCCUUUUUUUUAAUAGAUGCUUGCAAAGUGAAGUUACUUUGGGCAGUUUUUAAUCUAUAGUUAAUGGCCACCUCUACUUGGUUAUCUCCCUGUUUAUUGAAUGAGCGUUCAAUCAUAAACUGCUAUACUGGGUUGGUAUGCAAUUAUUCAAGUCUAUUUGAGAAACAAAACUUUUGUACGAAACCAAUCUCUGCCUCUGCUGGAGUAAAGCUAAUAAGGAAUGGAAUCCGGUGUAGUACAUUGGAAAUUGAGAGUACCCCUUCAUUUUCAAUUGGAAAGAAAUUUCAACUUGAUGAUGUGAUUGAGGCACAGCAGUUUGAUAGAGAAAUUCUCAGUGCCAUAUUUGAAGUUGCACGAGAAAUGGAAAAAAUUGAGAAGAAUUCUCCUGGUAGUCAAAUCCUUAAGGGUUAUCUCAUGGCUACCCUUUUUUAUGAGCCAUCUACUCGCACUAGGCUUUCUUUUGAGUCUGCCAUGAAACGGUUAGGUGGUGAGGUUUUGACUACUGAAAAUGCAAGGGAAUUUUCAUCGGCUGCCAAAGGAGAGACACUUGAAGAUACUAUUAGAACUGUUGAAGGGUAUUCAGACAUUAUUGUUAUGCGUCAUUUUGAAAGUGGGGCCGCAAGAAGAGCUGCAGUUACUGCUAGUAUUCCUAUUAUUAAUGCAGGGGAUGGUCCUGGACAACAUCCAACUCAGGCUCUUUUAGAUGUGUAUACCAUUGAUCGAGAGAUAGGUAAAUUGGAUAGCAUUAGAGUUGCACUUGUGGGGGAUCUUGCCAAUGGGAGGACAGUUCGCUCUCUUGCAUAUUUGCUUGCCAAAUACCAAGAUGUCACUAUCUAUUUUGUCUCCCCUGAUGUGGUAAAAAUGAAGGAUGAUAUAAAAGACUAUUUGACAUCAAAGGGUGUUAAAUGGGAAGAAAGUGCUGAUUUAAUGGAAGUGGCUUCAAAGUGUGAUGUUGUAUAUCAAACUCGCAUUCAGCGAGAAAGGUUUGGAGAGAGAAUUGACCUUUAUGAAGAAGCUCGAGGCAAAUACAUUGUGGAUCGUGAAGUGUUAAAUGUAAUGCAAAAACAUGCUGUGGUCAUGCAUCCUCUCCCGAGGCUUGAUGAGAUAACUGUGGAUGUCGAUGCGGAUCCAAGGGCUGCAUAUUUUAGACAAGCAAAGAAUGGUCUCUAUAUUCGAAUGACGCUUUUGAAACUUCUACUUGUUGGAUGGUGACGAAUGGGCUAUUUGAAGUUUUGCAUUUUGAUGUUUGAUCUUUACAACCUGGUUGUUUACGAGUGAACAUGAGUUAUAGCAAAACUGCGAGAAUGGUUCGACUUUGAGAUAACAGUCAUGAAUGAACAAUCAUAUAUUUCAAUUCAAAUGUUUUCUUUAUGUUA